UGUAAGAGGCAAGGUCCAUGAAAGGUACUUCUGAAAUAUUUGGAGGGUACUUCCUCUUUAAUUGGAGAGGCUUUAGAUGCAUGUCCUUCUUUAUUCAUGUAGAUAAAAUGUGUCAACAAUAAUAAUUUACUCGAAAUUUAAAAAAAAAACAAUUUGAACCAAUUUUUACACACGGGUCAGUCGUCAUCGUCAUCAUCAUCAUCAUCCAUGCCUCUGAUAAACACACGGUCCAGCAAUGAUGGAAUACGCUGGGAGACAUAUCGUCCAAAAGAGUCUACAAUUCGUCGUUUCGUCACAUCAAGAAUGGGUGAUGCUUGUCCGAAGCCAAGACCAAGACCGAGUGGUGACAUGGGAAAAUAGCCCCCCAUGGCAAUUCCCCCCAGCCCACCUCCGCCCAGGCGAACACCACCCCCGCCGAGUUGGUUACCCUACACAAAUAGAAAUCCUGUGGUCAACUACUUGUGUCAUGGUGUGCUUGAGACUUGUACUUCCUUGGUCAAGCAAUCGUAUUUUUUUUACACAAAUCCAGAAAUGGACUCGUUACCAUGCCAACGCUUUUUUCGUGGUGUCAAGUUUCAAGCAGAUCCUUGUGGAUCCUAGAAAAAAAAUCAAAAUCAUUCCAAUCUUUUUGGACCUGACAAGACGUGCAACACGUUGCUGCUCUCGAACAUUCGUAAAAAAAGCAUAACAAAAAUCAAAUUUAUCUGUAGUGAAACAACUGAACAACAAACUGAAGUGAGUUUUACAAAAUGGUGGAGAAAAACAACUCGGAAAAUCAAGAAGAUGAGACAGCAACUGCCCGACGCAAUCCGCAUCGAGGUACGCGAAACAAGCCACAAGUGACUGAUGAAGGGGGCGAGAGGGGCCCUGCUGCUGCUGGAGCGUCUAAAAAGCGGCGAAGCAGCAAAAAACGUGCCGAUGCUGAGAAAAAGACUCCCAAGAAGGCCGCCACCGGGAAAAAGAAGGAGCACCAACCACCAAAGAUUGCUGAUGAGCUCGCUGGAGAUGCUGGCGAUGCAGUAUCAGGUGAUGAAGGGACUGCCAAACGAGGCAAGAAAAAGUCAAGCAAAAAGGAGCAGAAGAAAUCCCCAGCUCAGAAAAAGAAGAAGCAUUCACAAAGUCAGGCCGGAAAGAGGAAGCGAAGUCAUUCUCAAGACGGUGUAAGGAAACGUCUCCGAAGCAAAGUCGUCGCCGGGGAUGAGAAGAAGAAACGAAGUCACACUGCAGCUCGGAUGGAAAUGAAAAAGUGGAGCGAUUCUCAGGCCGGCGCAGCUCAAAAGAAGCCAAGUCCAUUUCGGGUACUAAGCAGGAACCACCCACGUGAAUAUCGCCUGGGCAAAAGUGGGGCUGAGAAGAAUAAACGAAGUCACACCCAACCCCGGGUGCAAAGCAGUCAUUCCCAAACUCAGAGAGAAAUUGAAAUUGCCUUGGUUGCCUUGAUUGUGGGAGCUAUUUCAGGUGCGGUACUUGUACUUUCAGCAAGUGAAUUUCCGGUCACUGCAGCAACUGUUGUUGUUCUUUUUCUUCUUGGCCUUUAUUCAUAUGUCAAUAAGCAUCAGUUAAAUACAAACUGGUUUACAAUCCAGGACGUUAUAAGCUUUUUAUCUAAAUAAGCAUGUAACUGACUAUUAUAUGUAUAUCUGUAUAUCAUUACUUGUACUAUUAGUAGUAAUAAAUAUUUUCGUCCUUACGUCUAGAGA